AUGGAACUUAUCAACUCCACAGAAUCUCCUUCAAAAUGCUGCAACAUCACGCAGAGGGUCUUCCUGGCAGUGAGCAUCGUGCUGAACGUGGGCCUGGUCACUCUUCUGAUAGCUAUGUUGAAAGUUUUCCAGAUAAAAAACAUAGAAGGCGGUUCCUGCCCACGGACUUUGCCCAAUUCGUGUGACUCGCUCCCAGGAAGUCCAGCAGCCCGUGUGACUCUGGAUCCAGACACGGCCCACCGGCGGCUGGUGGUAUCCAAGGAUGAGAAAAGUGUGCGAUGGGGAGAGGUGGAGCAGACCUUUCCCAACAGCGCCAAGAGAUUUAACCAGCGCGCUUUUGUGCUGGGGAGGGAGGGAUUCGCUUCAGGCAAACACUGCUGGGAGGUUGGCGUGAAGGGCAAGGGGGAAUGGGCAGUCGGGGUGGCUAAGGAGUCUGUGAAGAGAGAGGGGCCGACAGGCUUCAGCCCGGCUGCAGGAAUCUGGGGGAUAGGAGAAUACGAGGGACUCGGGAACUACAUAGCUUUCACCUCCCCACAACACACACGACUCUCCCUUGGCAGGAGGCCACGGAAUAUCCGCGUGUUUUUGGACUACACUGCAGGGCAGGUGGAUUUUUUCGAUCCGGAAACCCAGACCACAAUCUACACGUUCAGUUCAGCCACUUUUGGAGGGGAAAAGGUUCUCCCUUGGUUCCGUGUGUGGGAUGGAACCGAACUUAUUGUGCGUCCCUGAGACACUGGACUCCACACUAAAGGGUUCUGGGGCACCCAAGCUCUGUGAUGCCGGAACACCCGCCCGGUUUCUCUCGAUAGCACCUCUCCCGCGUUUUCACUCAGCUUUUACUUGUUUUUAAACAAGAGCUGUAUUAUUUUUUGCUGCAUGGCUUUAACAUCUUGGGUAUUUGCAACCCGGGGCUCCUUAGCAAGGAAGGGAGGGUUACAAAUGUAAAAAAAAUAUAUGUAAGUAAACAUCUCCAAACACGAGAGGGCUAGACUGUGGGAGGGGUUCCAAUAUAGUUAACUUUCUACAACUACAAGCAAGCUUUUGCUUUUUUGACAAAAGCCACAGAAGCGAAGAGGUGAUUUGUGUAACUUGAGAGAGAGA